AUGAAUAUACCCAAGUGGUUUGUCAAGCCCCUAAAUCAUGGGUUGGUCCGCCAUGCAUCCUCGCGUUCCGGAUCAUCAUCGAAAUAUCUUUCAAGGCAGAGACAUGAUCAAUUUGUGCGCGAUCGUAAAGCAGAUGGAACUGGAUAUGUAUCGCGUUCUGCGUAUAAACUUGUCCAGUUGAGUACCAAGUAUCCAUUCUUUCAGCCUGGCCGGGUUGUCGUGGACUUGGGUGCCGCACCCGGAGGAUGGAGUCAGGCCGUGCUCCAGCAGUGUCCUAAAGCCCGUGUAUAUGCGUUGGAUCUUCUUCCUUUGCAAACGUCUCUACCUAAUCUCACAUUUAUGCGUGGUGAUUUUCGGGACACGCAAGUUCGCACAAGUCUUUCCUCACUCAUUGGGCAAGAUGUGGAUGUCGUACUGAGCGACAUGAUGGCAAAUACCUCCGGUAAUUCCAUACGCGAUACUCAGGCAUCACUUGAUUUAUGCAUGGCAGCAUUUGUGAGUGUUGCCACGAUUCGUUGA